AUGCCGCCCGCCCGCCCGCGGGGGGCCGGGACCCCGGGGCCGCCGCCCGCCCUCCCGCCCGCCCGCCCUCGGGGGGGGGGGGGGAGGGGGAGGGGGGGGGGGGAACCCCGGGGUCGCCGCCGGGGAGGGGCUGCGGACGCGGCGGCGGCCGCCGCCGCCCGCCCGCCCCCGUGGGGGGCCGAGACCCGCCCUCCCGCCCGUCCGCCCGCGGUGGGGCCGGGACCCCGGGGCUGCCGCCAAGGAGGGGCUGCGGGCGCGGCGGCGGCCGCCGCCGCCCGCUCUCUCGCCCGCCCGCCCGCGGGGGGCCCGGGACCCCGGGGCCGCCGCCGGGGAAGGGCUGCGGGCGCGGCCGCCGCUGCCGCCCUCCCUCCCGCCCGCCUGCCCGCCGGGGGGCCGGGACCCUGGGGAGGGGCUGCGGGCGCGGCCGCCGCCACCGCCGCCCGCCCGCCCGCGGGGGGCCCUGGACCCCGGGGCCGCCGCCGGGGAGGGGCUGAGGGCGCGGCCGUAGCCGCCGCUGCCGCCGCCCGCCCGCCCGCGGGGGGCCGGAACCCCGGGGAUGGGCUGGUGGCCUUGGCAUCCCAUCCUUCAUGGAAAAGGGUUUCCAGUUUGGUAACUCUCCCCGGGCGUGGACGAGACAGCUCAUGCAGAAGUGGUCACGAGGAGGGUGGCAUGGGAGGAGCAACGAUGUCGGGUAAUGGUGACGAUGGUGUGAGUGAUGGCGAAACCGGUGGACAGGGGCGUGGGUGCCGUGCAGGGCAGAAAAUAGCGCGUGUGGCUGAUGGUCACGGGCCCGGGCGGCUGGCUCAUACUGAAGGGGCCACGGUGGAUGGGCGGGUGUUUCGAGUGAUGUUGGAGGUACUGGACCUACUGCAGGGCCCCGUCCCCGGCCCCCGGCCUCGGCCCGGGCCCCGGCUCUCGGCCCCCGGCCUCCCCCGGAGGAGCAAGGCGGCGGAGGCGGCGGCGGCCCCGGCCCCGGCCCAGGCCCCGGCCGCCCCCGGAGGAGCACGGCGGCGGCAACGGGCCAGGCCCCGGCCCCCGGCCGCCCCCGGAGGAGCACGGCAGCGGCAGCGGCCCCGGCCCCGGCCCCGGCCCCCGGCCGCCCCCCGAGGAGCACGGCGGCGGCGGGAGCACGGCGGCGGCGGCGGCCCCGGCCCCCGGCCGCCCCCGGAGGAGCACGGCGGCGGCGGCGGCCCCGGCCCCCGGCCGCCCCCGGAGGAGCACGGCGGCGGCGGCGGCCCCGGCCCCCGGCCGCCCCCGGAGGAGCACGGCGGCGGCGGCGGCCCCGGCCCCCGGCCGCCCCCGGAGGAGCACGGCGGCGGCGGCGGCCCCGGCCCCCGGCCGCCCCCGGAGGAGCACGGCGGCGGCGGCGUCGAAUCGCGCGGCACGUGUGGGAUGGAUUUGCACGCGACGCGGAGGGACGUGCGGAUGUCUUCGCACUCCCACACCGUGCCGUGCGAUCCGCGUCCAAUCAGCCGCAGUCGGCGGUAG